GGCGCACGUUCUUAGCCAGUCGGUUCGCAAAUGUCGUUGUUGUCACACUGAGAGUGAUUUUUUAUGAUGUUCAUGAAAUCGUGAUUAUUUACGUGACUUUAUUUAACGAUUUCAUUGAACUGCCACGAUGUCGCAAAAAGAAAAGCCCGCCAUCGACAAUUUUAACUCCACAGCGGAAUUAACGAGUAAUCCAGGCUUCCAAUCGUCACUCAGUAUUGCUUCUAAGGAUGUUAUCAACGAGAAAGCCUACAAUCCCUUCGAACAUAGACAAGUGGAACAUCCUACAACGACUGUAGGCGCAAUCGCUCACAUACUCAAAGCAUGCAUCGGUACGGGAGUGCUGGCCAUGCCAGCUGCCUUCAAGAACGCUGGAUUACUCGCCGGUGUCAUAGGAACGGUGUUCGCCGGUUUUGUAUGCACUCAUACAGUUCAGAUGGUGGUAACAAUAUCACAACAAGUCUGCGUAGAAGCUAAAAAGCCUUCUAUGAGUUUUGCAGAGACUUGUGGAGCUUCAUUUGAAUAUGGACCAAAGAGAUUGCGGCCUUGGGGCAAUUUUGUGAAAACGUUGAUAGAUUACUCUAUGGCCGUGACGUACCUCAGCGUUUUGUGUGUCUACGUUGUUUUCAUCGGAUCUUCCUGUAAAGAGGUAUUAGAUUACUAUUAUCCAGGAUAUAUCCUUUCAAUCCAGACAUACUGUGUUCUCACCCUGGUUCCCUUGGCACUGCUCUGUCAAAUACGAAAUUUGAAGUAUUUAGUGCCUUUUUCUGCAUUGGCUAAUGCACUAUUAGUUGUGGUAUUCGGAAUCACAUUGUAUUAUGUAUUCGUUGACUUACCACCGAUUUCUGAGCGUGAAAUGGUUGCUAACGUGAAUCAGUGGCCCUUGUUUAUGAGUACCGUAAUAUUCGCAAUGGAAGGCAUCGGAGUGGUGAUGCCAGUAGAGAACGAAAUGAAGAAUCCACAGCGGUUCCUUGGCUGUCCAGGGGUGUGGAACGUUUCCAUGGUGAUCGUCAUCACUCUCUUUGGGAUUGUCGGCUUCUUUGGAUACCUGCAAUUCGGAGAUUUGGCUAAGGGCAGCGUGACUCUGAAUUUGCCUGAAGGUGACAUGAUCGCACAAGCCACUAAAGUCAUCAUGGCAGUCGUAAUAUUCUUCUCAUACGCGCUACAAUUCUACGUACCCAUGGAGUUUAUUGGCAGAUUGCUUCAGAGGAGACAGUCGAACAGCUAUGAAAAUGUUAUUCAAGUUGGUAUCAGGACUACUAUUGUUACUGGCACGGUUGCUAUCGCCGCAGCGUUCCCCAACCUCGAAUUGGUGAUCAGUUUCGUCGGCGCCAUUUUCUUUUCCACUCUUGGUCUCCUGAUCCCGGCCACCAUCGAUACAGUUUACCACUGGGAAAAGGGCUUUGGAAUAUUCAAAUAUCGUCUAUACAAGAACAUUAUUAUCUGUUUGAUAUCUAUCAUUGCUUUGAUAUCCGGAGCUUAUGUGUCCAUACUUGGCAUGAUUGAAGAUUUCUCUCAUAGUGAAAUUGAACUGGAGGAUCAUAAUAGUACCGAUAGUACAUUGAUGUAUUAAAUUUAUAAAGUACAAAUGCGAAUGUUGAUACUAGAUAUUCUUAGAUGUGAUAACGACUUUAAUAGCUCGAAUAGUAAAGCAGAUAUAUUUAAUUAAACUAUUGUAAUAAUGUUGUAUUUAUAAAUAUUUUAUAGAACGAAAUAAUAAUACUUUUUAGUUUAGAGUAACCUAGAGAACAAUGACUUUUUCUUAAUAAUUAUUAGCACAAUUUUAUAAAAACUGUAGCUUAACAUUAACAUAAACUACCUGUACCUGCGUCAUUCAAUUAUUUGGAGAUGCAAGUCUCUUAGUUCAGGAUACAUCGCCCAUUUUUGCAAGUGACUACCUACUAUCAAGCUAAUUUUCCGUUUGUAGCUUUAUUUUGAUGAGACGCCCAAUAAUUUCGUG